AUGAUGCUCAGCGCGAAGUUGCUCCGCGAAUUCGCGCCGCGACUGACCUGGCAUCCUUCGUGGCCAAGUCCAUGUAGGACAAAAAACGCAGACGAGGCAUAUGCCUCGCUCUUCCUUAAUCGCGAAACCCCGACCAGUGACUUCCUCAUUCGCGACCCGUGCCCUAACUUCUCCGCCGCCUCCGUUUUUUCGCGAUCCACCUCUCCCCGCGUGCACUGCCCUAACUCCCCUUCUCCUUCCCGAACUCAGCUGCGCCUCUUCUUCCUCUUCCCUCCUCUUUCUUCUUCCCUCCCCCUCCCAGAGAAUCGAAGCCCUCCGGCGUUGCUCCCCUUCUCCUUCCCGAACUCAGCUGCGCCUCUUCUUCUUCUCCCCUCCUCCUUCUUCUUCCCUCCCCCUCCCAGAGAAUCGAAGCCCUCCGGCGCUGCACCCCUUCUCCUUCCCGUGCACUACCCUACCUCCCCUUCUCCUUCCCGUGCACUGCCCUACCUCCCCUUCUCCUUCCCUCGCGCGAACUCAGCUGCGCCUCUUCUUCUUCUUCUUCUUCCCUCCUCCUUCUUCUUCCGGCGCUGCUCUCCUCAUCAGUUUUGUGGAUUGGUGUGCGAAAUCAGGCAUCCGCGAAGGACAUCGCAGAGUACAUCAACAAGGAGGGGAGAAGCAAGUGAACAAAGUAUCAUGGAAAAAGGGAAAAAUGAUUCAAAUGAGAUAGAGGAUAACAAUGACCAUAGGGAUCAAGACCCAUCUCCAUCUAGUGUAAAUGAAGUUAAGCUUCCUGAGAUUGGAAUGACAUUUUCAUCUGAAGAAGAAGUUCGUAUUUUUUAUAAUUCCUAUGCUCAGAAUGUUGGUUUCGGUAUUUGCAAAUUAGGUGGUAGAAAUGGAGAUGAUGGAAAGCAAAAAUAUUUCUCUAUUGGAUGCGCAAAAAAUGGUAGGAAAGUAUCUCAAGCAAAAAAUAUUGUAUACCCUAGACCUUCUACCAAGACGAAUUGCAAAGCUAAGAUUAAUGUUGCUAUUCGAAAUGAUGGGAACUUUGUGAUUACUAGUCUAUGCCUUGAACAUAAUCAUAUCUUGAGUCCUGGGAAGUCACAACAUUUUAGAUGUAAUAAAGUAUUGGAUUCAGCUAUAAAGAGAAAAUUAGAGUUAAAUGAUCAAGCUGGAAUAACUUUAAGCAAAAGUUUUCAAUCAUUUGUAGUUGAGGCUGGAGGCUAUGAGAAUUUGACAUUUGAUGCGAGAAAGUGUAGAAAUUAUAUUUCAGAAGCUAGAAGGUUGAGGUUAGGGGAUGGAGAUGCUGAAGCUUUGAGUACUUAUUUUUGUCGCAUGCAAAGUAGGAACUCAAACUUUUUUUAUGUGCUUGAUUUAGAUGGGGAAUCUCGAAUAAGAAAUAUUUUUUGGGCAGAUGCAAGAUGUAGGGCUGCGUAUGAGUACUUUUCUGAUGUGGUGACUUUUGAUACAACCUAUUUGACUAAUAGUUAUGAUAUGCCAUUUGCUCCAUUUGUUGGGGUGAAUCAUCAUGGUCAAUCUAUUCUGCUGGGAUGUGGAUUAUUAUCAAGUGAAGACUCAACAACUUUCAUAUGGUUGUUCAAAUCUUGGUUGACAUGUAUGCUCGGACAUGCUCCAAAGGCUAUAAUCACAGACCAAUGUCGUGCCAUGACAAUUGCAAUUCAAGAGGUAUUUCCAAAUUCGCAUCAUCGUCUGUGUCUUUGGCAUAUCAUGAAAAAGCUUCCAGCAAAAUUAGGUGGUCAUGCUCAAUACAAAUUGAUAAAGAAACAAUUGAAAAAUAUUGUUUAUAACUCACUUACAAUUGAUGAGUGUGAUGAGAAUUGGUUGAAAAUGAUUGAGGAGUUUAAUUUGGAAAACAAUGAUUGGUUGAAAUCUUUGCAUGAAGAACGGAAUAGAUGGAUACCUGUAUACGUUAAAGAUAACUUUUGGGCAGGUAUGUCCACAUCUCAAAGAAGUGAAAGUAUGAAUGCAUUUUUUGAUGACUACGUCCAUUCUAAAACAUCCUUGAAGCAAUUUGUUGAGCAAUAUGAUAAUGCUUUGAAGAAGAAGAUUGAGAAUGAAAAACAUUUGGAUUUUAUUUCUUUUAAUUCUACCAUGCCAGUUAUUCUUGGUCAUUCUAUUGAAAGACAAUUUCAAAAUGCCUACACUAACAACUUAUUUAAGUUGUUCCAAGAUGAAAUAAGAGGAUUGAUGUUUUGUGAUGCCUUAUUAUUGAAGGAAGAAGGGGCCACUUUAAUAUUUGAAGUAGUAGAAACUAUCUUGGGAAAAAAUGGAGAACCCGUAAGAGAAGUUUCCUUUAGGGUACAUUAUACAGAGUUAGAUUGCAAAUUGAAAUGUGUGUGCCGUCUAUUUGAGUUUCGGGGAAUAUUAUGUAGGCAUGUGAUUAAAGUGUUGAUAAGGAUGAAGGUGACUGAGGUUCCUAUGAAUUAUAUUGUGGAUCGAUGCCGCAAAGAUAUUAAGCGUGGGUAUCAAAGUAUUAGUAACAUCUAUGAUGAUUAUGUUUGUGAUGGAGAAAGACAUCGGUAUAAUAUUCUCACUCCAUUGAUACAAGAGAUUCAACAACUUGGUGCAAAAAAUGACGAUAAUUGUUCUAUGUUGGUGGAAAUCUUGAAGGACACGAAGGAAAAACUGAUUGUUAAUGAUCUUGAACAUUCAAGGGCUGAGCAACUGAAAGGAGUAUCUACAUUUGGUGCAAAAGCAAUACACUCUCCAUUAAAAGUAAGAUCUCGAGGUCGUCCCCCCACGAAGAGAAAACAAUCUAAGAUCGAACAAAUUGUGAAGAAAUCAGUUGCAAAGGCCCGAAAAGAAGAUUGGAAAGUCAAUGAGUUGAUUGUGGAAGGGUCAUGGAAAAGUGCAAGUCUUCUUUUUGGAGCAGAAGAUUCUCCUAUUGCUGGCUUGGUGUUGGAUAGUAUCUUCUCAAAUUUAUUUGAUCUUAUAAUGCUUGUGGGUGUUUUGUAA